CAAUUCAUCUUUAUAACCGAACCACGAGCGAGAUGCAAUGGGAUUCUGCUCCAGCGAAAGUCGGUACAAAAUCGUAGUUUUAAUCCUGUUUUUACUCCUCUUCGGUGAAUGUUUCAUCGUGUGCGUGGAGGGGCAGAGAGUCCCAUACGUAUUUGCGAGAUACCCCUUCAAGAAAAAGCCGAAAAACGAACGACAGUUCAAGAUUAGUAUCAGGCAAUGUGAACAGAACCCUGACUGCAGUCAAAUGCAAGGCUUGGAUAUGACACGCUGUGCCCGCAAGUGCAUAGCACCAGACUGCUACCAAGAGCUGUACGCUCACGAUGAGUUGGAGCUUGGUGAAAUUGACGUCCGAGCAACAUCAUUCAGAGGCUGCUGGGUACAACGCUACUACAGGUAGCAGCAGGACCCAUGGCCUAGGCGUGACAAUUCCCCAUCGUAGCAGCAGGACCCAUGGACUAGGCGCGCAAGUUCCUCAUCGUUGCAGCAGGACCCAUGGACUAUGCGCAGGACCCAUGGCCUAGGCGCACAAAUUCCUCAUCGUAGCAGCAGGACCCAUGGCCUAGGCGCGCAAGUUCCUCAUCGUUGCAGCAGGACCCAUGGACUAUGCGCAGGACCCAUGGCCUAGGCGCGCAAAUUCCUCAUCGUAGCAGCAGGACCCAUGGACUAGGCGUGCAAGUUCCUCAUCAUUCAUAGCAGCAGGACCCAUGGACUAGGCGUGCAAAUUCCUCAUCGGUGGCGAAAAAAUGAAAAACAAUGCUGUCAGUAAGGGACAUUUCCCUGGUAUUCCGCAGUAUCUGGAUGUGCUCGCACUUCACUCGUUCCUACUGAUGAACAGCGCACGUGAACCAGUCAAAUCUGAGUGGUCAUCAACAGAAGAACUCUGAGGCGCACACACGUAUGUGUUGUAAGUGUGUAUUUAAUACUUUGUCCUUUUCUACCCUUCUGCUACUACACACUACCAAAAUAACAUUAAAAGGUGCAAUAUUAAAUUAAGUAUGUACAUGUGCUAUGAAUUUGGAAAGGGCUAAGUUGGUAACUUCAGUUUAUGUUUGAAAUGGUUGAUGUAUCUUUUACAUUUUGUAUGCAGGUUUUAAGAUAAAUAUUCCAAGUCCCAAGCCUGUUUACUUACUUUGCACUGCAAACUUUUCCUCAAUAAAAUCUUAACCUCUUAUGCACACAGAAUAUCAACAGUUAUGUGACUAAAAUAUUUAAAUGUUUUCAGGAAAAAAAUCUGAUCUACGUAAGUAAUUACCUCAUAUAUUUACAUUAAGCAUUUACGUUCCAAUAAACCAAACGAGAAACUAUCUCUAAGAUUGCAUUUGUUGUCUACAAAGAAAAAGAGACAAUUAAGUAAUUUUUAAACAUUUACAAAAUCAUGAUUCAAAAAAAGCAAUGAUCAGACUAAGUAUAAGAGAGGAAUACGUUGUAUGUACAUUUGUUACAUUUUGUAUUUUCCAACCAAGAAUCAAUGACAAGUGUUGCCCAAUGUCAAGAGUGCUAUUUAUAGUUUUCAAAGCUUAUUCAAAUAAUAAUGAUAAUAAUGGGUGCUUAUAUAGCGCUUUUAACUAAGAUCAAAGCGCUUUUACGUUCAGUGUCCAACUAUCUAUUUGCUUUAGAAUUCCUUUUUUUUUUAGAACUUGUUGGUAAGAUUCUGCAUUAAAAGGGUGAUUAUGAGGGUGAAAAUAGACCCGAAACUGCUGGAAUAAGUUCCAGCAGUCGUUUUCCUAGUUCCGGAUCGCAAACAUUAUUCAGUCUACUUAUGGCUCAACUACUCCAUGAAUUCAAGUGAUACUGUUUUGAUAGUUUACCUUGAGUGAGGGAGAUACAUGUACUACACAAUUAAUUUCAAAAUUUAAGCGUGUUUGAUUUUGAAUAUGCGAUGUCAAAAGUACCGAUGCCACUUUUCACUGUUCCC